GGAGAGGACUUGUGGAAAGGGAGGAGGAGGGAUGAUGAAGAGGAGGAGGUGGAGGGGCAUCAGCAGCCCUCUUGUCCCCUCCCCACACGAUGAGAGCGCGCCUCACUCCGCUGCGCGGUUAUUUCUGUCUCAAAGCACCGAUCCGUGCCGAGCCGAGCCGAGCCACGGCGCGCAUCCCCGCCUCCACCACCGCCUCCACCACCACCCCACCCUCGUCUCUCCGUCUCCCACCGCCGCUCUGAGGCAAUGGAGCCGUAACCAGCCUCAGUGUGCUAAGUGAGCCGAGCCGAGCCGAGCCAAACGCGUGAAGCAGCAGCGGAUAUGGAGGUGCAGCGCAGAGAGGCUGGAGUCUAGACUGAACCACAUCAGGACGAGGAUUUACUCAGACCCACAUCAGGACGGGGACUGACUCAGACCCACAUUUAUAAACUGUUCUCUCUGAUCACCAAGGAUCUUUAUUCUCUGACCGUCUGACUGAGUCUGUGCGUGGUGAAGAUGCGGCGGAACGAGACGAGCUUUUACACCGGAUGCUUGAGACGAACGCUGCUGUCGUGCGUCCUGGUUCUGCACCUGAUCCCGCUCAGUGUCCACGGAAACAUCGUUGGGACCAAUGCCACCGAGUUGGACAACACAACCAAUGUUACCUCCCUAAUUAGCAGGGAGGAUGGGCCCGUCAAGGUCAGUGGGGUUGUCAUCAAGUUUACUGGGACGAGCAGCUCGGCCAGUCCAGACACUGUGACCCCGAGGGCGGGCCGGAUCCCCCGCGCCGGCGAGGAGGACGAGCAGAGCAGCGGCAUGUUCGAGGAAACGAUGAUCCCAGCAUUGGAAGAAGUAGGCGCGGCGGCCCCGCCCCAGCUCAGCCCUGAUUCGGCUGAGACGGAGCACUUGCUGCCUAGCAACCCACGUGGACCGGACGUCAUGGAGAGCAAGGAAGAGGAGGAUGAGGAGCAUGUGUCACACACCGACCCGCCUUGGAUUCAUGCCAAGGACACAGCCGUGUUUGACCUGGAUCACCUCUUCACCACCACCACCUCCCAGCCCUCAACCCACACCAACCCCUCUAACCCUGACGUCCUCCAUGUGGACUUCUAUGACCCUUCCUCUCGUAGGCGUGGUCUCGACUUGGCCCCGCCAUCUCCUUCAUCACUGGCCCAUGAGCUGCAGGGCGGUGACUCGACCUCCUGGGCGAUGCCAGAUAACUACGACUACCUCACACCCUACGAGGAUGGCGUGUCCCCAACUGCUGAUGAGUACACCUACAGCACCACGACCGACGCCUACGAGAGCGAUGAAGACCUCCGGCUGUCCGCUGGGUCUCCAGCUCGCUCCAGGCCGCGGGUCCCAGGGUCCAGCUCCUUCAUCCCUGGUGCAGGAGCCCCAGUACCAGAUGUCCCCGUGGCAGCUCCUCCGGCAGCCUCUCCGGUAGACGGCUCGGAUGGUAUGGGUGGAUGCCGUGUUGGCUACCAGAUGGUGAAUGGAAGCUGUCGCUCGCCCUGCGAGAUGCUGCCCAACUACUGCUUCAACGGGGGACAGUGUUAUCUGCUGGAGGGGACGGGCGUCCUCUGCAGGUGUAACGUCCAGGACUACAUCUGGCACAAAGGCGCUCGCUGUGAGUCGGUCGUGACGGAGUUCCAGGUGAUGUGUCUGGCAGUCGGCGCCUCAGCUCUGGUCGUCCUGCUGCUCUUCAUGAUCGUCGUCUGCUUCGCCAAGAAGCUCCACGUGCUGAAGACGGAAAACAAGAAGUUGCGUAAACGCAGCAGUAAGUACCGGCCUUCCUCGGAGCAGCACAAUGAUAAUUUCUCGCUGUCCACCAUCGCUGAGGGCUCCCACCCAAAUGUAAGGAAACUGUGCGACACCCCUCCUAACGUCCCUCAUGCCCGUGCAUUGGCUUACUAUGAUAACAUUAUCUGUCAGGAUGAUCCUAAUUCCCAGAACAAGCUGGAGGACCCGGUGAAGGCCCCGCCCAAGGAGGACGACUCCCUGAACAUCCACAACUCUCUGACCCCCAAACACGAGAACCACAAGGUGCUGGGCGAGGAGAAUUCGUCGGAGGUAAACUCACUGCAGAACAACAUGAUGUGAAAACAAAACAAAAACAACUCCAGCAACCCCAAAACCACCAGGUGCGCCGGCAGCGGGAGCCCCCAAACCCCUCCCCACUGUCUGUCUGUCCGUCCGCUGCCGAGUGUGCCUGACCGGUUACCAACCAACCAACCAGCCUGCCUGCCAACGUACCAGCCAACCAACCCAGUCUGCAACCGUCUCCGACACGGCAACACUGCCACCGAGCGGCCCUGGCCGCCGCCAAAAACCUACAGCAUCUCCACCUCUGCCGCCGCCAAUGCCCCUGCUGAGAGUUAACCCCCCCACCCCUCCCCCACCAGCCUCACCCUGCUGCCGCCAUGCAACCCCCCGAUCUAGUCACGCCCCUGUUUUGCAGCCCCGCCCCCUCGUUGCUGUCACUCUACUCUCCCUGAUCUCGUACCUGCACACACACACAGUGAGAACAUGAACACACUUUUUUGUGAACACACAACAACACGUGCUCACUCCCAACUCGUUGGCGCUUCGUCACUGGACUGUCACGUGUUCAUGUGACACACUGAGUCUCCUCCUGCGUCUUGACGCCAUGACAGUUCACGCCUGUCCUUUCAAAAUAAACUUCUCUUUUCACAAAAAGUGCUCGUGAGAUACAGACAGGUUUUUUCAAAAUAAACUGACACCAUCAGUGAAACACCUUGUAUCACCAGUAAAAUAACAUCUUGGUUUGGCUCUACAUUCAGACAGGAAGUGAACGGUUUUUCUCAUCAGUGUCUUACACAGGAAUCAGUGACGAAGCGUCUGUGUUUGACCACACACACACACACACACACACACACACACACACAUACACACACACACACACACACACACACA